UAUAUGAUUGAUAUUUUCAAAAAUUAGUUCAUAAAUAUUGAAGAUAUCAGAGUUCAUGUAUUACAAGAGCUACAUUCUUUUAGGGCCUCUUUGGAGAUUCUCCUUACUCUUAGCCAACGACUGGGCUUUCUUGUGACUGAUGUAGCUCUUAUCAGCAAAUAGUUUAGAUCCUCCAUACAUACCAGCAGGCUUUGCUUGGUUCAUUUCGGCAACCCGUUCAUCAAGCCUAAUUUUUGGAUCUUCAAGUCCUUCACCAGGCUUUGGUCUUGACAGAGUUGUAAGAAGGUAUCAUUGCCUGCAGUUGCUAGGCAGUUUCCCAUAGGGUGCCAAGCAAGGUCCCAGCAUGCUCUGUAAUGUGCUUUAUCAAUUUUAUAGUAAGCUUCACCUUCAUUUGCCAUCCAGAAUACAACCAUUCCAUCACCUCCUCCACUGACAAAGAGCUCUUCGCAGUCUGGAUGCCAUUCAAGUGCAUUAAUUUCAUCUUCAUGAGCCUGGAAAGUUAUGAAAUCUUUCAUGACCCUGACAUCGUAAAUCUUGGUCGAGGUAUCUUUAGACCCACUCAGGCACCAAUUACCGUUCUUAUUCCAGCGAACCUUGUUAAUAGCAUUAUAAUAUGACUGAAUUGUGUAUACCUCAUUCCCUGAUUUAGGAUCCCAGAACUUAAUUUCAGAGUCUCUACCAGCAGACACUACCAGAACUAAGCAGCUAGGAUAAUUCUUAAAUCAAACACCACACACUUAGGAGUGAUUUUCAGUAAUUUACAAGUUCUAAGAACUUCGACAUGAUAACCAUCUAGCUCAAUAGCUUCGAUAUUAUUUUCUUCUCUUUUGAUCUUCUCCUUAUGCGAUAACUUGGAACAUUUAAGAAGGGUUUCAAUUUUAUGAGUCCUUUUUCUAGGGCUAUAUUGCUCCAUUGCCUCUCUAAUCUCUCUUUCAACUAUGAAAAUAUGAUUUGCAAGAACAUAUUUUGGCUCCUACCUUUUUGGCUAUCAUUA